AUGGCAGAGCUAAACUCUUCAGGAAUCAAUUGCGAGGAUAUUCCUGGCACAACUCAUUUAGUUAACACUAAAAUUAAUCCAGCAGAACUAAAUGAAACAGUUAAGAAAGAAAUUGUGCUUAUCCCACAUCCAUCAAACAAUCUAAAUGAUCCACUUAACUGGAGUCACAGAAGAAAACUUAUUCAAGUAUUCUGCCUAAUUCUAUUCUGCUAUGGAGGAGGUGUUGCAUCUUGCUGUAUAUACCCAUUGUUAGUGGCAAUAGCUGCUGAUCCAUCCACCAAUGUUACCAUAGAUAAUCUUAACAACGGAACAGGCUAUAACUUUCUUUUUUUGGGGUUAGGCCAAUUUUUAAUGACUCCAUUUGCUCAGCAGUUUGGAAAAAGACCAGCUUAUUUAUUGGCUAUGUUGGGAAACCUUGUAUUCUGUCUAUGGAUGCCAUACGUUCACUCAAAUGGUCAAUGGAUUGCAUCUCAAAUUCUUUCAGGCCUUUUUUACGCUCCUAUAGAAUCACUUCCGUCGAACACAAUUACAGAUUUAUUUUUUGAACAUGAGAGAGGUACAUAUAUUGGAAUUUAUAGUGUUUCCCUUGGAACAUCCAACUUCAUAGCACCAAUGCUUUCUGGAUUUGUGGCUGAAGCUCUUGGGUGGAAAUGGGCUGUUAAAAUUGCUGUUAUAUUUGAUGCUGUGUGUUUAGUUGCAAUGUUCUUCCUCAUCGAGGAGACAAAUUAUGAAAGAGAACCUGGUUUAGAAGGUGAAGUAACUGAAUCUGAAGGGAUUCGACUUGCAAGUACAACAUUUUCUAAUAAGAAUGAAGAUAUCAACUGUACAGUUUCUCCUGAUACUAAUUUUGAUAAACAUAUGUCUACUGCAAUUUCUAAUCAUGAAAUUGAGUACCAUGCAGGUAAGGGCUACUGGGCAAGGUUAUUACUUUUAAGUGGUGCUCGAAAGAAAAAUCACUUCUUCGACUAUAUCCUGAUGAUCCUCCAUAUGUUCAGGUUUCCUCCAAUUCUAUGGUCGGGAUUUCUAUACGGAGUGUCUUUAUUUUUUUAUUCUAUCAUAAAUACCACUGAAAGCAUUAUCCUUAGUGCACCUCCAUACAAUUUUUCCACAUCUAUGCUUGGUCUAGCAUAUCUUGGUCCUGUUAUAUUUGUGCUUCUCUUUUAUCCUUAUGCUGGUUGGUCUAUUGAUUGGAUUAAAAUAAGAAAGGCAAAAAAGCAUAAGGGCAUUUCACAAGCCGAGGACAGGUUGCCUGUUCUCUUUCUUUUCAUGAUUCUUGGCCCUGCCUCUCUGAUUAUUUAUGGUGUAGGCGCUGCUCAUGGAAUAAAUUGGUUUGGUGUGAUAUUUGGAAUGGGGUUAAUGGCUGGUUUGAGUAUUGUUGGAGCUACCUCUUCAAUAACAUAUGCCUUAGAUUGUUACCCAGAGGCAGGAAUGGCAGGAAUGGCAGUCGUUAUUCUCAUCAGGAAUGUGAUGAAUUUCGCUUUGGAUUAUGGUAUUACGCCGUUUAUUGAUAAUUGUGGAAUACAGACGACUUAUAUUGCCUGUGCUUUCAUUUGCCUAGGAUGUAUUGGAACUUAUUUUCUUAUGGAGAGAACAGGUUUAUAUUGGAGGAAAAUGACCAAAGGAAAAUACUGGCAUUUAGUUGCAAAAUACCGGCAGAGGGGCGUGAUUCAAUGA